CAACUUCGUCACACAAAACCCGAAACCCUUUCUUUGAAAUUUCUCUGUUUGUGUAGAAAUCAUGGCGUCUCAGUUGAUUGAGAACCACAGAGAGAAUGCAGAAACUUACACCGGAGACGAAAUAUGCAAGGCGAAGACUUUAGAGUUGUUAAAUGAGAUAUCAUUACCAAAUGGUUUGUUACCAUUAGAAGAUAUAAUAGAAGUCGGAUAUAAUCGAUCAUCUGGAUUUGUUUGGUUGAGACAGAAAAAGAAGAAAGAACAUUAUUUCAAGAGUAUCGGUAAGCCGGUAUCGUAUGCUGCAGAAGUAACAGCAUUUGUUGAGAAACUUAGGAUGAAGAAAAUAACUGGUGUUAAGAGUAAAGAUACUAUGUUAUGGGUUACUCUUUCUGAUAUUUAUAUUGAUAAUCCUAGUAGUGGUAAGAUUGUUUGUAAAACACCUUUUGGACUUUCUCGAACUUUUCCUGUUUCGGCUUUUGUAGUCGAAGAAACUGAAGAAGAGAAGAAAAGGAAGAAGGAACGAGCAGAAGAAGAAGAGAAGAAGAAGAAGAAGAUGGAAGAAGCAGAAGCAGAAGAGAAAAAGAAGAAGAAUGAAGAUGAAGAGAAGGAAAACGUAGAAGACGAAGAGAAGGAGAAGAAGAAGGAAAAUGCAGAAGACCAAGAGAAGAAGAAGAUAAUGGAAGAAGAGAAGAGAAAGAUGGAAAAUGUAGAAGACCAAGAGAAGAAGAAGGAAAAUGCAGAAGACCAAGAGAAGAAGAAGAUAAUGGAAGAAGAGAAGACAAAGAUGGAAAAUGUAGAAGACGAAGAGAAGAAGAAGAAGAUCGAAGAAGUCAAAGCAUGAUAUUAUUAUUAAUUAAAAAAUGAGUUUGUAUUAAUUUUUUUUGAUUAAGCUUAUGUUAAUUUAAUCUGAGAGUAGUAGGAAAAAAUUAUAUAACUAAUGAAAUAAUGUUUUAAAUCAAUUUAUAACUAA